UAAGAGCACACACCAAAACCACAGAAGACAUACACGAGAAAAAAAAAGAUGAAAAGUUUUGCCAACUUUGCAAUUCCGUUUUUAUUACAAAGCUUAUUGUUUCCUCUUUACAGUUCAUGUCUUCAUCAAACUUCAGAUGAUUCAUCUCUAUUUCCUUCUGAUUUCUUCUUUGGCACAGCUUCUUCUGCUUUCCAGUAUGAAGGUGCCUUCUUAAACGAUGGAAAAGGUCUGAACAAUUGGGAUGUCUUUGCCCAUGAAAACCCUGGGAAAAUAGUUGAUGGGAGCAAUGGAGACAUAGCUACGGAUCAAUAUCAUCGAUAUAUGGAAGAUAUCCAAUCAAUGUCUUUUCUUGGAGUCAACAGUUACAGAUUAUCAAUUUCCUGGUCUAGAGUCUUACCUAAUGGAAGAUUUGGAGGUAUUAAUUAUAAGGGAAUAAAGUAUUACAACAAUUUGAUCGACGCUCUCAUUAGAAAAGGGAUUACACCAUUUGUGACGUUGAACCAUUUCGACUAUCCUCAAGAACUCGAGAACCGGUUCAAAAGUUGGUUAAGCUCCGAGAUGCAGAAAGAUUUCGCGUACUUAGCUGAUAUAUGUUUUAAACAUUUUGGAGACCGAGUUAAACACUGGAUCACGAUUAACGAACCAAACCAACAAAUAAUCUUAGCCUACCGAAGUGGUUUAUUUCCACCAUCCCGGUGCUCCAUGCCAUACGGAAAUUGUACUCAGGGGAACUCGGAAACUGAGCCGUUUAUAGCCGCUCAUAAUAUGAUCCUCGCACAUGCAAAGGCGAUUCAAAUAUACCGAACCAAAUAUCAAAAGGAACAAAGGGGAAUCAUUGGCAUUGUGGUACAAACAUCAUGGUUUGAACCCAUAAGUGAUUCGAUUGUGGAUAAAAAUGCUGCCGAGAGAGCUCAAUCAUUUUAUUCAAAUUGGAUUCUAGAUCCCGUUGUAUAUGGGAAGUAUCCGGAAGAAAUGGUAAAUAUACUUGGCUCAGCUUUGCCGAGAUUUUCGAGUAAUGAAAUGAAUAGCAUAAAGAAUUACAAAUCAGACUUCUUGGGUAUUAAUCACUACACAAGUUACUUCAUCCAAGAUUGUUUGAUCACUGCUUGUAAUUCUGGAUCUGGAAAUGGAGCUUCUAAAAGCGAAGGAUUCGCCCUCAAAUUAGACCGGAAAGGCAAUGUUUCAAUCGGUGAACUUACUGACGUCAAUUGGCAGCAUAUUGAUCCUGACGGUUUCAAGAAGAUGUUAAAUUACCUUAAAAAUAGGUACCACAACAUGCCAAUGUUCAUCACAGAAAAUGGUUUCGGAACCUUGCAAAAACCCGAGACGACGGUUAAAGAACUUCUGGAUGAUACAAAAAGGAUACAAUACAUGAGUGGAUAUUUGGAUGCUUUGAAAGAAGCAAUGAGGGAUGGAGCAAAUGUGAAGGGAUAUUUCGCAUGGUCACUAUUAGAUAAUUUCGAAUGGUUGUACGGAUACAAGCUUCGAUUUGGUUUAUUCCAUGUUGAUUAUACAACUCUGAAAAGGACACCAAAGCAAUCAGCUUCAUGGUACAAGAACUUCAUUGAACAGCACGGUAAUAUAGGAGAUAACAGGGAAAAAUAAUAUGUAGAUAAACUAAUAAUGAAUUAGUGUUUACAAUCAAAGGAAGUCAAAAUUAGGAAGGCUUAGUUAAAAAGCUUCUCAUUUUUUUGUUUGGAUGUGUAUUGUGUAUGGUAUAAGUAAAUAAUUGGUUUGCUAA